ACUCCAAACCAAAUCGUCAAAUUACUUCUACUACAACUUCUUGCUUGAUGUGUGUGGACUGUAUUUUGUAAAAAUUUCUCCUAUUUUCGUCAUCUGCACCUUAGAAAAUUGGAGAAAUUGUUAAAAUUAUAAACAAGUAUUUUUUGACUAUAAGUUUUGUCAUAUUUCAAAAGACACUAUGGGUACCGAAGUGAUUCCUGUUCCUGAAAAUCAAGAAAAGCCGUCAGAAUUGGAACAAAAAGUUAUUCGACAAAUAGAAUAUUACUUUGGAAACUACAAUUUAGGAAGAGAUAAAUUUUUAAAAGAAGAAUUGAAGAAAGAUGAUGGAUGGGUUCCUUUAGAAACUAUGGUCAGGUUUCAACGUCUGAAGCAAAUGAACGUUGACUUUGAAACCAUAUCUGCUGCAUUGAAAAAAUCUCCCAAUCAAUUGAUGGAGGUUAGUGAUGACUGUACUAAAAUUCGUCGAAGAGCUCCUGUUCCGGAAAAUGUAGAUAGAGGAGAAAUGGAUGACAGAUCAUUAUAUGUGAAAGGAUUCAAGAGAGAAACAACAUUAGAUCAAGUUCUUGAUUUUUUUAAGGACUAUAAAGUAGAGAAUGUUAUGAUGCGAAAACGUAGACAGGGAGACAAAUUCUUCUUUAAGGGUUCAGUCUUUGCCACUUUCGAGACUCAAGCUGACUGUGAUUCAUUUUUUGAGAAAAAAGGAAUAAAGUUUGACAAAACAGAAAUGUUAAAAGAACGAAAAAAAGAUUAUGUGAAGAGAAAAGAUGAAUUUUUUGAAAAUUUAAGGGCGGAGAAGGCAAAGAAAAAAGAGGCCGGUGAAAAAGAUAAAGAAGAUACACCCAAAGGUUGCUUACUGAAAAUUAUUGGAAUAACUGAUGAAUCGAUUAAACGUGACGAUGUCAGAAAAGCUAUGGAGGAGUAUGGAAAUGUUGCAUUUGUUGAUUUCUUUGCAGGAAAUACUGACGCUGUUAUAAGAUUCAAGGAAGGAAUAGUAUCUGAACUUUUAUCUAAACUAGAAGAAGAAGAUGGUGUAAAAAAGCUACAAAUAGGAUCUGUAAAAGCAACUCUUUCUCUGAUUGAUGGAGAAGAAGAAACAAAAUAUUGGGAAAAAAUAAAGUCGUUUUCAAAACAAAAAGGGAACCAAAAGAAUUUCAACAAGGGAAGAUUUGGUAAGAAAAAUCGAAACAGAAACCAAAGAGGAACGAAAAGAAAUGACAAUGCAGGUGCUGAAAAUGAGGAUGAACCACCCAGUAAAAAGAUAAAAACGGAAGAAGACAAGCCUGAUACAUCAGUAAAAGUUGAAUCAGCACCCAAAGAUAUUAAAUCCGAAACUAUGGAAUAAAACAAAAGAGAGCUUGCAGUAAAAAUAUUUGUGUGUAUAUAUUUGUUGCAUAUUUUGUUACAUGUAAGUUCCAUCAUGUCUUAUGAAAAUAGUUAUUCAUUCAUUUCUUCAUUCAGAAAUUAAAUCAAUAUUGUUAAUAAUAUAAAUGGGUGCAUAUUACAUUUGAAGACUGUAUGUACAUUAUUAGAAUGUUUCGAUGCUAAACUCUCUGCAUUUGUGCAAUUUUUUUUUAUUAUUAUUUAUUUAGAGUGGAUUAGUCAUUUCUCUUAAAUUUAAUCCUAAAGCAUUCCAAAUUAGUGCUAUUUCUUCAUCAGUUUCAAAAUGCAUUUCUUCUUGUUUUUAAUUAUUAUUAAACAUGACUUCAUUUCAUUCUGAUCUCGGAUAAAUAAGUAUUUCAGAAUAAGCUAAUUAAAUCUGACUAUUAUCCAAAGACUGCCUUUUUAAGAUUCUUUGUACUAUUAUAAAUGAAAAUGGUUGUUAAAGAUUUUCUCAAUUCAUGCAUGUAAAAAUAUUUUCAUUUUAAAAGACUGCCUUUUUUUUCCAAAAGUGCAUUUUUUAAACAAAAUUUGAUGGAUAUUACCUUUACAUUAAUUGUAAAUUUUUUUUAUAUAUAAAUAAAGGAUUAUUUGUAUU